UCUAAUCUUAACAUCUCUCAUUUCCUCUUCAUUGCAGCUGCCCAAAUCGAUGUGACCUUGAAGAAUGCCACAUUACCUGAUGCCGCUGCAGCCUUACCCAUUGCUGGGCAAGAGGAAGGUGUAGAAAAACCCAAGACAACUACGCCAGCAACUACGUCAAGCAGUAGCUCGACCAGCACUACAACUACCACAACGUCAACAACAACACCAGCGCCAACAACAACCCCAGCACCAACCACAACAUCGACCACUACAACUACAACAACAGCUGCACCAAAUACCACCACGGUUGCGCCCAUUACCACUACACCCGCACCAGCGCCUUUCCCAGCACCAGAAACUGGCAAAUGGAAUUCCAGCUGCAUUAUCAUACACUUGGCGGCACAAUUGAACUUCACUUAUGAGACCAAAGGUAAGCAUCGUAGUAUUCAUAGGGCCAGUUUUUCAGUUUAAACGCCCGAUCUGGCU